AUGAGAGUUGUUAAACACAUAAUUAUUCGAACAAUAGAAAUAACAAAUCGUGGAGAUACUUCCUUACAAAUGCAGUUAAUUCGUCGUAUAAUGGAAGAUAUUUAUGGAGGCACUUGGGGUGUUUUAAUUAUUGAAGGGACUAAUUUAGUCGGAAAAUCUGUCCAUUGGACAAUUCCAGACCACAAACAUCGGGACGGUUCUGCUGCUUUUUGUUUAUAUGACGAGAAUGAAGUUCAAUAUAAUGUCUUCAAAACGGGAGAUAAAGAUACUGAGGAUAGAAUAACUUUAGAACAAGCUAUGGCAAAAAUAAGUGAUAAUAUUAGAGGAUAA